AUACAUUUUUAUUUUUUAAUUUUUGGGCGGCCCGUGUUCUUCUUGUUUGUUAUCGCUUGGUUUGGCAUUCAUUAGGUUAGAGUCGUUUAACAUUUUCCAACUACGAAAGUCGUUUGCCCUUUUCUGGUACCUUGUUGUAAACGCAUCUAUCUAAUCUGAUCGCCGCUGAUUUUUCUAUUUUCUGUCUAUUAUUUCGCAAUCCAAUCGCUAUCCUCUUGGAGCAUUCCGCGUUCAAGAAAAGGGGUGAGGCGUUGCAGAAAUAAAUUUGGGGGAGGACAGAUAAGAUAAGAGGAGAGGAGAAAGGAGGAAGGAGGAAGGAGAAAGGAGAAAAGAGAUGGGAGAGAAAAUGGGGGGCACAAAUCAGUACUGCUACUGGGUGUUGUGGGGUUUAACAGUGUGGAUGCAGGGUGUGUCCUGUGCAGGGGAAAGGGGCGUCCCAAGAUUAACCCAGCCUCUGACAUAUAACUUGAAGAGCCUUCCCUUUGAGGAAGCGUACAUGCCCCUCUUUGGAGACACUAAUGUGCAGGUCUCUAGAGAUGGAAACUCCGUCAAACUUGUGCUUGACAGGCGUUCAGGAUCGGGAUUAAUGUCUCAUGACCUCUACUACUACGGCUUCUUUAGCGCUUCAAUCAAGUUACCAGAGGACUACACGGCGGGCAUCGUGACAGCUUUCUAUACAUCAAAUGGCGACAUAUUUGAGCACAAUCAUGAUGAGCUGGACUUUGAGUUCCUUGGGAACAUCAGGGGCAAAGAAUGGCGUGUUCAAACCAACGUGUAUGGCAACGGAAGCACUGACUUCGGGCGUGAGGAGAGAUAUAAGCUCUGGUUCGACCCCACAGAAGACUUUCAUCAGUACAGUAUCCUCUGGACGGACAGACGUAUUGUCUUCUUCAUAGACGACAUCCCCAUAAGGGAGGUGAAGCGGUCGGAGGCGAUGGGUGGACAGUAUCCAGUGAAACCCAUGUCUGUAUAUACCACAAUUUGGGACGGUUCAGAAUGGGCCACAGCAGGGGGUCGGUAUAAAGUUAAUUACAAGUACGCCCCUUUUACUAUGGAGCUUUCCAAUCUUAUCUUGGAAGGGUGCGCCGUGGAUCCCAUCGAACAAGAGCAGGAAAAAGAGAAGAAAAUCCAGUGCGUAGAGGAAAGAAAGUCCCAAACCCUGGUCCUGUCAGAGCUAUCUGAAGAGCAGAGGAAGGCAAUGGAAUGGUUCAGAGGCCAAUACAUAUACUAUUCCUACUGUGAUGACACUGCCAGAUACCCAUCUCAGCUGGCGGAAUGUCCGAUUAGAGACCCCAAAAAGCCCAUUGCCACUGCAACUCUCAAGUUUGGCCGCCAUCACCGCCACCACAGAAAACGCAGCACCAAAUCGCGUUCAUCCACCCAUGGUUCUGUAUAACAGACACUUCUAGGUAUUGCCAUUUUCUUAUAUAAUACCGUCUGCCUAGCAGUGUGUCAGAUUGUACAGUUCCCGAUUCUCUUGUCCGGACUCUUCCACUACCUAGGUACCUACCUCAUUCAUUUCAUUUCGUAUAUUUGUGCCUUGAUUAUGAGCAUUCAGUACCUAUUCUUUUUCAUGUGAUUAUUGGGUGACUUAUUAUUAUUAUUAUAAAUAUUUCUCCCUAAUAACCAGAACGGUUCAUUGUAUUUGGCGACCUUUUUAAAAGUUAGUAAAAAAGUUUGAAUAUUUGCAGA